AUGAAGGUUGAAAACAUGGACGACGGCGGAUGGGAGGAUGUCCCAGGAACAAACGUUGCGCGGUUGUCGCGGACUCAGUCAGCGUCGCCGAGUCCUAUCGGCGUGCGAAUGCCCACCCGCAGACGCAAGACUCACAAGAAGGCGAACCUCACGCCUUCCAUGGCGUCUCGACGAUCCGCGACGCCCGCGGUGCAGUUGCAAGAAGAGACACCUGCCUUAGUGGACCGCGAGCAGGUGCAGCGGGCUUUCCUUUCAGGCGCAUCGGCCACAGUAUCCUACGUCGUGGACGUCCUGGCAACCGCCUUCUGGCUGCUGAAGAAGCCACUCGGGGUCUUCGCCUUUGUUGUGGCCUGGGGUUCUGUCGGGCUACGUCCUGGACAAGUUCCGAUUCGUCUCUCCCCUUUGUGCAUCAUCCCCGGCAUCUCAUCCAGCAUGAUCUGCGCCGCCCGCCCCCGCAGCAGUCCCGCAGUCAGCGAACUUCACCGAGCUUGUCGAGCUGCAGGACACUUCGAGGGGAUCAUGACUGCGAACGUGGCACGGGCGCGAUAG